UGAAAAACAAGAAUUAAUAAAAAAAAUAUUUCAAUUAUUAAUCAUGUCUUUUUUGAGAUUUAUAAUAGCAAUUUUCUUCUUGGUUUCAAUUAUUGGAGUAUCAAAUGCUCAUUAUAAAUUAAGUCCUACAUUUUAUGAUUGCACUUGCCCAAAUGUUAUAGACAUUGUACGUGAUGUUAUGGAGCAAAUUCAACGUAGAGAUGUUCGAGCCGGGGCGAAAAUUAUUCGUCUUCAUUUCCAUGAUUGCUUCGUUAACGGUUGUGAUGGAUCAAUUUUGCUAGAUAAUGCAACUGGAAUUGUAAGUGAAAAAGAUGCAAAUCCAAAUGUUGGUGCUGGAGGAUUUGAUAUUGUUGAUGAAAUUAAAACUGCAUUGGAAAAUGAGUGCCCUGGCGUUGUUUCUUGUGCUGAUAUUUUAGCCCUUGCAUCUGAAAUUGGAGUUGUCUUGGCUGGAGGUCCAUCAUGGCAAGUUCCUUUAGGGAGAAGAGACAGCUUAACAGCAAACAAAAGUGGAGCUAAUAGUGAUAUCCCAAGUCCCACUGAAACCCUUGCUGUUAUGAUACCACAAUUCACUAGAAAGGGAAUGGAUUUAACUGAUCUUGUUGCUCUAUCAGGGGCACAUACAUUUGGAAGAGCAAGAUGUAGAACAUUCAAUCAAAGACUUUUCAACUUUAGUGGAAGUGGUAGACCUGACCCUACUAUAGACCCUAAUUAUUUAAAAACAUUACAAAGACUUUGUCCACGAGGUGGAAAUGGUGGUACUUUUGCUAAUCUUGAUAAAUCAACUCCUGAUGAAUUUGAUAAUUAUUAUUUUACAAAUCUUAAAAAUCAUCAAGGAUUACUUCAAACUGAUCAAGAAUUGUUUUCUACAUCUGGAUCUAGUACAAUUGCAAUUGUGACUAAUUAUGCAAAUAAUCAACACAAGUUCUUUGAUGAUUUUGUAUGUUCAAUGAUUAAAUUGGGAAAUAUUAGUCCAUUAACAGGUACUAAUGGAGAGAUUAGGAAGGAUUGCAAGAGGAUUAAUUAAUGAAAUCCUAUUUAAUUUAUGUAUGUAUGUUUGUUAUUUGCUUUUUAUGUAAAUGUAAUGUGUAAUGAAACUCCUGUAAAGAUAGGAGUAAAGUUUGCGUACGUUUUAUUCUGGAUAUGUUGUUAUUUGUUGUAAUGUGUGGUGAAAUAGCAAUGUUCCUAAAUAAGACAAUGUUAUUGCUAAAAUAACAAUUCCAAUAAGGAUUUUUACCAUCUAUUCAU